CUGCAGGCCUCAAGUUGGGACUUGGAAAACAUCCAACGUUUAAAUGGAGGACCAGGGCGACGUGACCGACCAAGCCGCUGGUAAGCUGAGUAGCUCGAAUGCCCAGUGCUCCAGAAACCGAUGUGCUAAUGAUGACCCCAUUAUGGGCACCCAAAGCCAGAGUCGCCAGAACUCGUCCGGCAUGCUGAACAUGAUGGACGCCAGCUCCUUCAGCAUGCCGCCCCCCAAUCUGCACUCCUCGAAGGUGAUCAAUCCGAAUAAGGCGAUAUUCACCAUCGACGCGAAUACGGGACAAAUCUUUAUAGUGAACAACAAGGCCUGUCAGCUGCUGGGCUACACGUCCCAGGAGCUCAGGAACAAGGGAUUCUUUGACCUACUCAACGGCAAGACGGAGAGCCACAUCUCCUCCUUGGCGGAGAUGCAAAUCGAAGGCGACGAGGGCCGGGUGGUCCUACUAAGUGGAAAGGUGAUCGAGAUGAAGACCAAGACGGGAAGCAAAAUCCUGGUCUCGCUCUGGAUCCGGCAGAUCAGCAGCGAUGGCAGACACAUAGCCGUCGCGGAGCCUGUUGAGAGGCACAUAUGCCACAUCAGCACCGAUAGAUCCGGAGUGAUAACCACCGUAGACUCCACCACGGCCACCAUAUUCUUUUACGAAUCCAUCGAAAGCGUUGUGGGCAUCAGCAUUGUCACCCUUAUCCCGUUCAUAAAGCUCCCCGAUCCGGAAUGCCGUGAAAUCUCUAAAAGCCUGCGGAAGCAGCGAGCUACUGGCCGAACCACGGAUAAUGUAAAGUUUCCCCUGUGCUUGCUAAUAGCCCUGGACGAGGAUGCUUCCGCGGGGUACUCCCAUUCGGGAAAAACCGGGUUAAACAUCACCAUCUGGGUGUUUCAGAAUCUUAGUGGCCUGAUUGUGGUGGACGACAUAGGGAACAUACUGAUGUGCAACCAGCCUUUCUCACUGCUGAUGUUCGGAUAUGGGCAGGACAAGAUAAUGAACAUGCAUAUAUCCUCAAUCCUACCCAAUUUCGGCAAGGACUCCCGCGAGGAGAAGAGCCCCAAUGUGUCCAACACCUCGAUAACCAGCAACGACUGGGAGCCGGACACGGAUCCCUUCGUCGUGGACAACGACUCCUCGCUGCAAUCCUGCAAGAAGAGCUCGGCUACCCGGACGGCACCCAACAACGAAAAUUCUUCGGUGGCCGAUGGCCACCUGAGCUGCAAUCUGGAGAACAGCAGUGGGCUAUUUUGUGAUCUCCGACAGCCGGAUGACUGUACCAUAGAUGACAUACUUACACCUGUUAAUGCCUCAAACAGUUUUCCCGCCGACGAGUUUGAGGCAGGAUCGCACUCGCACGUGAAUGAGUCGUCUCUGGAUAAGGCGAAGUCCGUUUCCACGGAGACCUGUGAUGCCUCCGGCAGCAAUCCCGCCACCAGACUGCUUAGUUCCAUUAACGGAAGCUUUGUGGGGGAGGCCAUCCACGCCGAUGGCUCCGUCAUAGAGGUAGUCUACUCCGUGCUCCUCCAGAUACUGCCGUGCUCCAACCGGGUGUACUGCAUCUGGGUGUGCCGAAACCCCAGCACUCGGCUGGACGGCGAGAAGUACAACUAUGCGAACCUAACGUCCACGUUCAACAGCAUGGCCAGCACUGUUGAGCAAUCGCUGGGCCAGGUGAUAAAGACCACGGCUGCCCAAAACUCCAGCCGACCUAAUUCUCUGUCCUUGGUGUCCAAGUACGAGGACGAAUUGUACCUGGGUGACUACAGCAAAUACUACACGUCCAUUCGCCAGAUCGGCAGGGGGGCCUAUGGGUAUGUGAACAUGGCUUUCCGGAACACCGACCGCCUGCUGGUGAUCACCAAGUUUAUUCUCAAGGAGAAGCUCUGCUCUCAGUUUAUGGUCAAGAGCCGCGACUGCAAGGAAGUUCCUAUCGAGAUCCACCUGCUGCAGACCCUGAACCACAAGAACAUUGUGUCCGUUCUGGAUGUUUUCGAAAACGAUCUCUUCUACCAGCUGGUCAUGGAGAAGCACGGAUCCGGCAUGGAUCUAUGGACGUUCAUAGAGCGGCGGCCCCUGAUGGAUGAAAAGCUGGGAAGCUACAUUUUUCGGCAGGUGGCCGAUGCCGUCAACUAUCUGCACGAACAGAAGAUCCUGCAUCGGGACAUCAAGGACGAGAACAUUAUAAUCGACCAGAAUUUCACCAUCAAGCUGAUUGACUUCGGGUCGGCGACCUUCAUGGAGGAGGGCAAAUUCUUCUCCACGUUCUACGGCACGACGGAGUACUGCAGUCCGGAGGUGCUGGCCGGAAACCGAUAUGUGGGUCCCGAGCUGGAGAUUUGGGCCCUUGGAGUGACUCUGUACGUUCUGAUGUUUUUCGAAAAUCCAUUCAUCGAUGUGGAGGAGACAUUGAAGGCCGAGAUCCAAAUACCGAAAGCGGUGUCCGACCAGUUGAACCAUCUGCUGAGCUCCAUGCUGAACAAGGAUCCCAAGUACCGCUGCACCAUGCACCAGUUAAUCACCGAUCCCUGGCUCACCCAGGAGGUGAAUCCCUCGGCUUUCAGUUUCUCGUGGAUAGUGCCGUGCAAGGCGCACGAGGCCAAUCCAGAUCUGUAUUUCUCCGGCUACCUGUAUUCCAGCACUUCGGUGCUGUCUACUAUUUCACCGCAGGAGAGCUUCUCCCACAUCGAGGAGUCCUCGAUUGGGGGCAGCGAUGAGGCCAGACUGGCAUCCCACAGGACCGGCAACAAGUUGUGCGUUAAUGAAGCCAAGCACAACAAAAUGGACACACUUUAUGCGAAACAGUUCCAGCUAAACACCUCAGUAAGCAACCACGAGCUGAGGGCCUCGUUACCUGACUCCAGCCACCCAGAAAUCGGGGGUUCCAUAUGCUCCUCGAAAUCCGAGAACGAUAUAUUCAAGAACAAGCUUCAGCCCUGCGUCUCCACUUAUAACGUAGUUAGUCUGCACGACGUGAGCACGAAACCCAAGAUGCUUGAUCUAAAAUGAAGUUCUGAAUACGAUGUACAUGUGUAAAUCGAACCUGAGCAUACUGUCAUAUGUAAAUAGCACCAUUUGUGAAAGGACAAUUAAGGAUUGCGGCGAA